AUGGGAUGCGGUUCAGCAAAGCCGUCGGAUGUUAAUAACCCUUAAUAGAGUAAUAUCUUAAAUCCAUAUACGAGUCAAUGAUAAAUCUCAAUUGCGUGUGACAUCUCUAAAUUUAGUAACUGAAAAGAUUGGACAGAUUUCAUAAGAUUAUCAUCUUCUAAAACCUUCUUUAGGAAAAGGUAAAUGUAUUAUAUAAUAAUUCUUAGGUGCGUAUGGAGAGGUUCGGAAGGGAAUUCACAAAUUGACAAACUAAACUAGAGCUGUAAAAAUAAUCUCAAAGGAAAAGGCUAAAAAGGCUGAUAUAGAACGUUUAAAGGAAGAAGUUGACAUCCUUAAAAGAUUGGUAUAUGUGAUUAUCUUAUUAAAGGAUCAUCCAAAUAUUAUAAAGAUCUAUGAAUUUUAUCAGGAUAAUAAAAACAUGUAUAUAGUUACAGAACUAUGCACAGGUGGAGAGCUAUUUGAUAAGAUCUAAGAAUCUAGUUCCUUUUCUGAACGUAAAGCAGCAGAAACUAUGAAACAGAUCUUGAGUGCUGUAAAUUACUUGCAUAAAAGCAAAAUUGUUCAUAGGUAUUUAUUUGGUUCCAAUCUUAUUUAAAAAGAGAUUUAAAGCCUGAAAAUAUACUAUACGAAUCUUCUAAGUCAAAUGCCUUACUUAAGAUUGUUGAUUUUGGAACGUCUCGCUUUUAUGAUCCAGAAGUAAAAAUGGAUUAAAAACUUGGGACUGUAAUUAUCUUAUUAAUAUAUAUCUAGCCAUAUUAUAUAGCACCUGAAGUAUUAGAAAGGAAAUAUGAUGAAAAAUGUGAUAUCUGGUCUUGUGGAGUUAUUCUUUAUAUUCUAUUAUCUGGAACUGCUCCUUUUAAUGGAGAUGAUGAUAAUCUAAUUAUGGAAGCAGUUAAAAGAGGUUUCUACUCAUUUGACACAGAGGAAUGGAGAUUAAUUUCAGUAGAGGCUAAAAGAUUGAUUUCAAAAAUGUUAGAAAGAGAUCCGAAAAAAAGAAUUUCUGCAGAAUAAGCCUUGUAGGAUGAUUGGAUUACUACAUAUGUAAAAAAACCAGAAAUUGAUUUGCCUUAAUUGACGAAGGUUUUAAAUAAUAUGAGAAAUUUUAAUGUUGAAAAAAAGUUUUAAGAAGCUGCUCUUACAUUUAUGGUCAAUUAUUUAGCAACUAGUUAAGAAAAGUAGGAAUUAUUGACAUAAUUUUAAGCAUUAGAUUUAAAUGGUGAUGGGAGAUUAAGUAGAGAAGAAUUAAUUAUAGGUACUUUAAAUAUUUUAUUAUCAAAAAGGUUAUUCUAAAGUUAUGAGUUAUUCUGAUGCUGAAAUUGAAGUUGAUAAAUUAAUGAAAUAAAUUGAUUAAGAUGGUAAUGGUAGUAUUGAUUAUUCUGGUAUUUUAUAUAUUAUAAAUAUCCACUUUAGAAUUUGUUUUAGCUACUUUUAAUAAAGUAAAAUUAAUAGAAGAUAAAAGAUUAGAAUAAGCAUUUAAAUUAUUUGAUAAAGAUGGAAGUGGAACUAUAUCUAUUGAUGAAAUUAAAUAAAUUUUUGGUCAAAAUUCUUAAGUAUCUGAAAAAGUUUGGAAAGAUCUCAUUUAAGAGGUUGAUCAAAAUGGAGAUGGAUAAGUAAAUUGUUUUUUAAUUAGAUCGAAUUUAAAGAAUUCAAAGAAAUCAUUGUCAAAGCUAUUCAAAGUAGCAAUGAUACUGAUGAUAAGAAAUGA